UAGUUUGAUUAGGGUUUACAAUUACUACUUCUGUUAUUAUUUUAACUAAAUACUACUUACUGUUAAUCGUAUACUAAAAUAUGUUAUUAAUCGCUACCGGUAGAAGAGUUAGUGAAUUUCACAACAAUCUAGAAAAUUCUGAUACCACUGUUGGCGGAUCGAUGAAAAGAGAUAGCGCUGCGAAAACAUCGCAUUUGAAACGGGACGAAAAAUGCAUGUGCUCCAGAAUAGGGGAUCAGUGCAUUCGUGGGUUGCAUUCAUGCAAGGCAUAUAUAAGUAUUGACAGAAGCGUCGGCUUUCAUUGUAUAUCGGCACAUAGCGAGGUGCACAUCAUUUUCGCGCAAGUGUGGGAAUGUGAUUUUCCGGAAUUGCAUCGCCAGCGCUUAUUGAUCUGUGAUUCGCACGAUUAUCUCGACGCUUUUUGCGCUGAGAGUUACAUACGUUAACUUGUGCUUUCCACCUUACAAUAGACUCACCGUAAUGGAUUGUCGAACAGUGUUUUUGUUCAGCUUAGUCAUCCUAAUGGCAGUACUUCUCACUUCAUCUGAAGGGCGCAAGAAGAAAGUAGUCAUCCACGUGCCCUAUAAAGUGAAGAAGAUUAAGCACACGCACACGGUGUACAAAACGAUACACCAUCACCACACGCACCACGACCACAUAGAUCCCCUUCUCGCGCACGCGCCCACGGAGGAGCACGAGCAUUUCCACCACAUGCACCUGCACGACGAGGGCCAGCACAGCCAACCGGUGCCGGGCAUCGGCAUCCCCGAGUUCCUGCCCGACGUACCGCUGGAUGCACCCGACGAGCACGAUCUGCCCCUUCAUCCCAAUCGACACAUCAUCCCGCUUUACAGAAGAAAAAACUAGAAAGUUAAGACAUGGUAAAGAAGGAACCGAAGACUUGGAGAACCGGCCAUACUUAAGUUAUUUGUAACUAUUGGAGCUUUAAAUUUAAAAAAAAAUGGGACAAAAUUAUAAUGAUGUUUCUAAAAUUAUAAAUUUAUCAUUUU